AUGGCCGGCGCCGGGCUCAAGAGUGAGUGCUUCGACACGGUGCACACCGAAUAUAUAUCUAUACAUAAAAAACUGACUCGGGGCAUAGAGUACCGCGAUGCGGCAAAGAAGAUGGUAGCAAAAGGCAAGACGUAUGGAAAGAAGAAGGGUCGCGACCUUGCUUCCAUCUUCCUCGACCUGUCCAUCAGUCCGUCUAAGCCAGAUACGAAUGCGAUUGCGCGGGUCCUUGCCCCUACACCCAACAGCCAUAAUGAGCCGUUACUUGAACCGAAUGCCGCGCCUGAAGGAGAGCAGGCCGCUGAGACUGCAGAUCAGGAUGACGACAAGGAGAACAGACCGAGAAGGAAGGCCUGGUUUGGCAAAAAGCCGACGGGUGAGCUAUUGAAUCGACCAGUGAGCAUGGGGAACAAUGCUGACGAGUGUAUAGAACGGACGGUAAAGAGCCAUCAGCCGACGGAGAUCUCGGAACUUACGUCCCUUGACUUUGUGAACAACGAGGUCGUAGACUUUCGAAAGUUCUGCAAAGGAUGGGAGAAAGGGGUCAAGCUUAGCAAAAUUGGCCAAGGAAGCUUCGCUACGGUGCUGAAGAUGGAGCUGAACGAUGAGCCUGGCCAAUAUAGCGUCUGGAAGCUCAUGCCACUUAAGCCCAGCAAAGGAAGUGGAUCUCGUCCGUACCACAAUCAGACCCUGAUCAAAGACGCAGCGACCGAAGUCAAAAUGCUGUUUGCUAUGAGCGACAUUGACGGAUUUGUUCAGUUUCGAAGCGCCCACGUUGUUAAAGGCUAUGUGCCAGAUCAGAUUGGGAAGGCUCAUGAGUCAUGGGCAAAGAACCUGCAUCCUAACGAUACAUGGUACGGAACGCACAUGAGCGAUGAAUAUUCGUCAAAAAACCAACUAUGGCUUUUGAUGGAGAUGACGGACGCCGGACAGGACGUUGAUUCCAUGCUGUGCACCGCACGUUUGGAAAAAAAGCUCUACUCGGUUCAAGAAACAUCGGAUAUGUUCUGGGGAAUUGCAGAGGCGUUGAUGCGCGGCGAAGCGCAGGCAGAAUUCGAGCAUCGUGACUUGCAUCCGGGAAAUGUAUGCAUCAAGAUACGCGAUGAACCAUUGGAUCUGACCACCGAGAACGGCAUCCCCAGAUUGUCCAAGCACGAGGUAACAUUGAUCGACUAUACUCAAUCCCGCCUUACCCUCGAAUCCGGCGACGUGCUGGCAACCGCUAUAGAUGAGUCUAUCUUCCGGCAGAUCGAUGAUGACCCCGACGCUCAGAGGCAGUACGAUGUGUAUCGCGUCAUGCGAGACAUAGUGAAAAAGGAGAAGAAGCCGGGGGUCACUAUAAGUCAAAUGUGGAAGGAGUAUGUGCCAAUGACCAAUGUCCUGUGGCUGCACCACAUGUUGAGGGAGUUAAUGGCGGUGACCCGAAAGACAUCGGAAAGUCAAGAAGAUUUGGAUAUGAUCAUGGCUCUACUUGGCUUAGGAACCAAGCUCUGGCCGGGAAUUGCGGAGCGUUGGGAGUACCAUAGUGCUCGAGAGGUGGUAUGCGGCUUUCUGGCUGGCUGA